CUCUAAAAGCCAACAACACCACUCAUCACCCAUUCCUUUGGCUUUUUCAGCCUUUCAUUACAUUUCUUAGGUUUUUUUUUUUUAUAUUUAAAGGAAAAAAAAUUAAACCCACCAAUCAAGUCUUCUCUUCCUUUCUAGAUAUAUAAAUUAUUGCCCCAUUUGAUCCAAUAUUUUUUAUUCAUCAUUCACACUAGUUUAUGUUAUGAUUUAUGAACCAUCAUCAUUCUAUUUAUCUCUCUGUAAACACCAGAAAACUGCCCCCCCCCCCCAGUCUCUCUUCCCCAUCAUUCCUUUUCACCCAUUAUGGCUUCAAUAUUGAGUUCACAAGGAGUGGUCUUAGCAACAGCUAUGGCAGUUUCUGGUACUGUAAUCCUCCUUGCUUUCCGUCUUCAGAAAUCUUACCUUUUGGAUCAAAUCUCACAGCCUUCUCAACAAGCUCUCCGUUCCUGCAUAUCUUCUGAGGGGAAGAAGAGGGAGGAAAAAAAGAAGAAAAAAGUGCACUUUGCUGAAGAUGUGGUUGAUCCAAGAAAGGAUGGAGAAGAAUUCAGAAAACAGCUGAAAAAUCGUGUUAGAAUCAACAAUUCAGCAGCUUUGAAUUCAUCGACUAAAUUCAAGAAAUUUGGUGGAGGUAAAGAUAGAGGAAUGCCUGCUAAUAGAGUUGCUUUAUACACUGGAAUUCUCAGGGAUCGUGGUGUUCAACGAUUAGCUUACUCCUGCUAAUUUUUUUUAAAGUACCAAAAAAAAAAAAGAAUACAGAUUUUGGUCUUUAAUUAUUGUACAAUCAAAUUUGAAAUUUGUGUUUUUCUUUUUCACUACAGUUUGUGUCUGUAGUUUGUAAUUUUGUAAAUACCAAAGCUUUUCUUCUUCAUCUUAGUUGUUUGUAGGAAGUUUUUAACUGAUGGUCAGUAAGUCAAUCAAAUGUUUGGAUGUUAAUUAUGUUUAA